CAGAAAGUCGCAAAGCUUCGCCACUCUCAGGUUCACCAUGGCUGCAGCAGGUCCUACCUUCGCCAUCCUCGUUAGUCUAGCAUUUGCAGAAUGGACCUGGGCAGCUCAUCUGCGUGCAAACACUUGCGAAUACAAUGGCAAAAUCUACUGGGGAGGACAGACAAUCCAGUCUCUUCCCGGGAACUGUGCUGAAGUGAAAUGCAAAUGGUAUGCAGCUGGCCCACAGAUAGAACUUCUUCCUUUAAGUGGCUGCACUUGUACUCCAGCAAGAAAGAAGGAAGUUUUUGUGGAGCAAAUGUAUGGGUCUGUGCCUCGAGCCAUUGACGUGAGUCCUAUCUCUCCCGAGUCCAUGGUCGUGUUGAGGCAGUCGAGCAACCAGUGCCAGUUCAACGACAAAUUAGUUUGGGGCGGAGCCAUAGUCGCCAGAAUUGACGAAAACUGCGUCAGACUCGUCUGUGUGAAAGUUACGACUGGAGCGAGUUAUCUUGAACCCCGAACAGUAACAGGAUGCAAUUGCGCAACAGUAACGACAACUACAACAACAACAACAACCACGACAACUACCCAGCCAACCACCACUAGCUCAUCGUCUUCAACCACAGCAUCAACAACAACCCCAACAACAACAGCUUCAACCACAGCAUCAACAGCUUCAACCACAGCAUCAACAGCUUCAACAACAACAGGUUCAACCACAGCAUCAACAGCUUCAACAACAACAGCUUCAACCACAGCAUCAACAGCUUCAACCACAGCAUCAACAGCAACAACAACAUUAGCUUUAACAACAGCAUCAACAGAUUCAACCACAGCAUCAACAGCUUCAACCACAGCAUCAACAGCCCCCACAACAACAGCUCCAACCACAGCAUCAACAGCUCCAACCACAGCAUCAACAGCUUCAACACAAGCAAUACCAGCAUUCCACAUACAGCAUCAUCAGCUCCAACAACAGCUUCAACCCAUCACAUCAAUCAGCCCAAGCCACAGCAUCAACAGCUCCAACCACAGCAUCAACCACAGCAUCAACAGCUCCAACCACAGCAUCAACAGCUUCAACCACAGCAUCAACAGCUCCAACCACAAGCCAAUCAACAGCCCCACAACAAACAGCUUUCAACCACAGCAUAACCAAGCUCCAAACCACAGCAUUCAACCAAGCUUCAACCACAGCAUCAACAACAACCCCAACAACAAAGCUUCCAACACCACAAGCAUCAACCCAGCUCCAACCACAAGCAAUCAACAGCUUCAAACCAACAGCAUUCAACCAGCCUUCAACAACAAAAGGUUUCAAACCAAGCAUUCAACAGCUUUCCAACCCAACAAACAGCUUCAACGCCAGCAUCAACAGCCUUCCAACCAACAAGGCAUUCAACCAGCCCCACAAACAACAAGACUUUCAACCAACAGCAUCAACAGCUCCAACCACACACAACAGCCCCCCACAACAAACAGCUUCAAACCAACAGCAUCCAAACCAGCUCCAACCCACAGCAUCAACAGCUUCCAACCAACAAGCAUCACAAGCUUCAAAGCACAGCAUCAACAGCUCCAACCACAGCAUCAACAGCCCCAACCACAGCAUCAACAGUUCCAACCACAGCAUCAACAGCUCCAACCACAGCAUCAACAGCAUCAACGAUUCAACAAGCAUCAAACAGCUCCAACCACAGCAUCAACAGCUUCCAACCACAGCGUCAACGUAGCCCAACCACAGCUCACAGCUUCAACCACAGCAUCAACAGCUUCAACCACAGCAUCAACAGCUCAACAACAAGCUCAACAGCUUCCAACCACGCAUCAACAGCUUCCAAAACCACAGCAUCCAACAGCUCCAACAACAGCUUCAAACCACAAGCCAUCAACAGCUCCAACAAACAGCUUCAACCAACAGCAUCAACAGCUUCAACCACAAGCAUCAACAGCAACAACAACUAUUAGCUUUGUAACAACAGCAAUCACAGAAUUCAAACACAGCAUCAACACCCCCCAACAAAACAGCUCCAACCACAGCAUCAACAGCCCCAAUCACAGCAUCAACAGCUCCCAAAACACAGCAUCAAAACAGCUUCAACCCACAGCAUCACAGCCCCAACACAGGGCAUCAACAGCUCCAACCCACAGCAUCAACAGCCUUCAAAAAACAAGCUUUAACCACACGCAUCAACAGCUUCAACCACAGCAUCAACAGCUCCAACCACAGCAUCAACAGCUCCAACAACAACAGCUUCAACCACAGCAUCAACAGCACCAACAAAGCAUCAACAGCUCAACAAAACAAAGCAUUCAACCACUCAACCAACAGCAUCAACAGCAACCACGCAUCAACAAGCUUUCAACACAGCAUCAACAACGCACACAUCCAACACAACACAAAUCAAACAACGCUUCACACAGCAUCAACAGCAACCAGCAUCAACAGCCACCACAGCAUCAACAUCCUCAAACAGCUCAACACGCAACCAGCAUCAACAUUCAACCACAGCAGCAACCAGCUCAACACAAGCAUCAACAGCUCAACACACCAAGCAUCAACAGCUUUUCAACCAACAGCAUCAACAAGCUCAACACAUCUUCACCACAGCAUCAACACACAACCACACAGCUUCAACCACACGCCUCAACAGCGCAUCAACAGCUUCCAAGCUUCAACCACAGCUCAACGCUCAAACCACAAGCAUCAACAGCAACAACAACAACAGGCUCAACCACAGCAUCAACAACAGCCCCAACAACAUCAGCUUCAAUCACAACAUCAACAGCAACAACAACAACAGCUUCAACCACAGCAUCAACAACAGCUUCAACCACAGCUUCAACAACAGCCCCAACAACAACAGCUUCAACCACAGCAUCAGCAGUCCCAACAACAGUCACUACUCCGAGCACCAGCACAGCGGCUUGUCACACCGAUUCUACCACAAAACCGGAAACUACAUCUGAGAAGCCGACUACAACAGUCACAACAACGUCACCCACAACUGCUUCAACUACUACGUUGUCUUCAAUGAUGUCGACCACCACAGUCGAUUCUUGUCAUACCACUAAACCGACAAAUACAGCUUGA